AUGCUAAGAAGAAGCAACAGUUUGAACAACCUUCCUCCUCCUGAUCCUGCGCGCGAAAGACUCUUCCACAGGUUAAGGAGGGAGGCGGAAGAAAGAGCGAAAAUUGCAGAGUUGGAUAUUAUAGUCCAACCACAGCCAAUCAAGAUGGCAGAAAAUGAAGAAAGACCGGUGAUUGAGGUUGCAAGGCCUAGUCUUGCUACUCAUCAUAAUUGGAAGGGUGAGGGUGAACCAAGAAGGAUGAUAAAACACAAAGCAUCAGGUACACUCGAGCUGGAUGAGGUGUCAGCCAUGCGAGCAGAAAUUUCUAAACUAACCAACCAAGUGGCUAAGAUGGCAAUGGGUCAAAGGAAUCAAAUGCAGCAGGUUCAGAGGAUGAACGCAUGUUGUGAAAUUUGUGGAGAUGGACAUAUGAGUGAUCAAUGUCCGGUGAAUCCUGAAUUUUUUUAUUAUGUGGGCCAACAAGGUAGAGGUCCAAUGAACCAGAAUAUUAAUAUGGGAAUACCUAUAAUUCCAACUGGAGGUAUUAUCCGAAUUUCUCAUGAGGUGGGAACCAGACCACUCAGAAUCAAUACAGGCCCCAAGGGAACUAUAAUCAAUCUCAAAAGCCACCUCAACAGAGGCAAAAUUGGGCAGUUGGCUGCACAACAAAAUACUCGACCUGCAGGGGCCCUUCCAAGGGAUACAGAUAAGAACCCUCAGGUAAAUGCUGUAACUUUGAGGAAUGGCAGAGAAUUAGAAGAAGUACUGAAAAGAAAGAAAGAAAAAGUCACUCCUCAGGGUGAACUGGUCCCCAAAACUGUGGUGGAAACUGAGAAAGAAUCUGAAGAAAGUGAAAAGACUCCGAUUGCAAGGCCACCGCCUCCCUUCCCACAAAGAUUGAAGAAGAAAAGUGAUGACAUAGUGUUCAACAAAUUUCUUGAUAGGCUAAGCCAAAUUCAAUUAAAUCUACCAUUGGUUGAUGUGCUACGUGAAAUCCCAAAGUAUGCUAAGUACACCAAAGAUAUUGUGGCUAACAAAAGAAGGUUGACAGAGUUUGAGACAGUGGCACUUACUGAAGA